CCGACCAGUCCCAAAGGGAAGUUAAAAAAAAAGAAAAGAAAAGAUGAAACAAAGGAAAGAAAAGGAUUAAUUUUUCUUUGCGUGCUUGCCGGGUUCCCCCAUUCCUGCUACAUCUCUCGCAGUCAUUUCUUUUAAUUUUUUUGUAAAUAAAUAAUAUGGUAAAGAGGAGCAGCAUCCGCCCUUCCUGCUCUCUUGGUCGAAGUCGUCUCGUUAGAUGAUUCUUUCUCUCGCCCUCACGCUCCGUUGGUUUUAACGUAUUGCUGUUGUUGGCAUUGGCGCUGUCAACGUUUUCUUCUGCAUGCUCCUCUGUUUGUUUCGUCUGCUUUGUCCCCGAAGUCGUCUCUUCUACUGUACGGCCCCCAGCCCGCUCUCAUCCUCGCUGAGAUAACCCGCAGUCCACCGCACCCGGAAAAAACAAAGGCUACCAUUUCUUCCACUCCUCUCUUUCCCUCGUUCCCUUCUCUCCUCUCUUUUUCUUUCUGUUUUACCUCCCCUAUUUAUUUAUACUUGGGGACCAGCGGGGAAGGAGGAAGAAGGGGCUCUCUCUCUCUUUCUUUGUUAUUCUUCCUUCUGCGUGGGUUAGAUGUGGUGGCAUUGGGGCGCCUGAUGGGGAACUGCCAGACCACCGUCGGCGCUGCCGCUAGCGGCGGCAGUACUGCCGCCGCCGCCGCUAGGAGGAGGAACCGCGCCGGCUGGCGGAGAGGAGGGGGCAAUUGGUCGAAGUUGCCGCGGGAGGACGAGCUGCAUUUGGUUCCGGGUAGGAUCUUCUCGAACGAGGGCAGGAGCAGAACGUCCUCUAUCUACACCCAGCAGGGCCGCAAGGGCAUCAACCAGGACGCCAUGAUUCUUUGGGAAGAUUUCGGCGUGGAAGGUGGCGUCCUCUGCGGGGUGUUCGACGGCCACGGUCCGCAGGGCCACCUCGUGGCGCGCAAGGUCCGGAACGCCCUCCCCCUCAAGCUCCUCUCCUCUCUUCCCCUUCUCGGCGGCGCCGCCACCCGCCGCACGGGACUCGGAUGUCUCGGGAGGGGGCGCGCCCCUCUGGCUCCUGCCGGCGAUGCGGAGGCGGGGAUGGAACACGAGGAGGAGGAGGAGGAGGUGUUGCUUUCAGCUUGGAGGGAGGCGUUCGUGAGGUCGUACAAGGGCAUGGACAAGAAGCUCCGUUCCCACCCCAAUCUCGAUUGCUUCUGCAGCGGCACCACCGCCGUCACCGUGCUCAAGCUGGGCUCCAAGCUUUAUAUUGGCAACAUUGGCGAUUCUCGUGCGGUCUUGGGGUCCAAGGAUGACAGCAGCGGCUCCAUGGUCGCUGUGCAAUUAACUGUCGACCUCAAGCCUGAUCUCCCAAGGGAAGCCGAGAGGAUCAAACGGUGCAGGGGCAGGGUGUUUGCACUGCAGGAUGAGCCCGGGGUGCCGAGGGUGUGGCUGCCGUUCGACGAUGCUCCUGGGCUGGCGAUGGCUAGAGCUUUCGGGGAUUUCUGCUUGAAGGAUUAUGGAGUGAUCUCGGUGCCAGAGUUCUUCCACUGGACGCUCACGGAAAGCGACCAGUUUGUCGUUCUUGCAUCUGACGGCAUCUGGGAUGUUCUCAGCAAUAAAGAAGUCGUGGAUAUCGUGUCCUCAUCUCCGACUCGAUCAUCUGCUGCAAAGUUCCUGGUUGAAGCUGCUGCUCGUGAAUGGAAGCUUAAAUACCCUACUUCAAAAAUGGAUGAUUGUGCAGUGGUUUGCUUAUAUUUUGAUGGAAAAAUGUAUCCUGAAUUUGAAUCUGUGGAGAAUAGCACCACCAGUAUGGUCAACUACAGCUGCGAGGGUUCUGUAAUCGAAUUGAACGAAGCACACAACGAAGAACCCACCUUGGAUAGAAAUUUCACAGUGAGGUCAGCAGGGAACACUAGAAUAUCUGUUGUGGCUGAUGAAAACAAAGCAGAUAGCAUGGAGGACCAGAGUUGGUCAGGCCUGGAAGGAGUGACACGAGUCAAUUCGCUGGUUCAGCUUCCAAGAUUUUUGGAUGAGAAGGUGACUCUCUGAUGCUUGUUAGCAAUCUCGUAGUUCUGUUUGAUCCAUUUCCAUGCAACCUUAGUACCUCUUAUGGAGUGAGUUGUAAAUUUGGAACAAUGCAGAGGUUUUGUUUGAACGUUUUGUCCACCUUAGUUCAUGGGAAACAUUAAACCUGUGUAGUCUGGAAAAACUUUUUGUUGCUGUUUGUCUGAUUGUAUCCACUGGAUGAAUCAGUCAAGUAAAGUGGCCCCAGAGUUUGUGAGCUUCGCAUUGACAGGUAUGAGUGGUCUCCUGAACCACCUACAUUAUUGAUUGUCCUU